AACUUCGCAAGACAUUCAAAUGGCCAGCACUGCUUCUUAGAGGGACAAAUAUAAUCUGAGUCCCGAGUCGCAUGCGAAAUAUAUUACUGGAGCCGCGCAUUCGCUAGCAGACUUGCAUUUUCCUGGUAUCGUUGUCCAAUAUGAAUCCACACAUCUCCGUACCGCGACAACACAGCAUCCCCUCCAGCUUCGGAGGGAGUUCCGGCGCUGGCUCAGCCGGACGAGGGAGUUCGAGUAUCAAGAUGCCGAGAUUCUUCAAAAGGUUAUUCAAGUUCCCGCAGAUGGACUUUGAGAUGGCCAUUUGGGAAAUGACAUCGCUAUUGAUUGCGCCUAAGAAAGUCUUUAAAUCAAUGUACUAUCAUAAACAAACAAAAAACACCUGGCACCGACCCGACCCAUCAUUUACCUACCUCCUCUCUUUCUUUCUCCUCUUAACAGCGCUAGCCUGGGGACUCGCCUACUCUCCCAGUUUCGGAUCCAUAUUCCGCCUCUCGAUUCUGUUCGUAUUUGUACAUUUCAUCGGAACAUCAUUGCUCAUCUCGACAAUCGCAUAUUUUGCUGUUGGACGCAUAUUCGGCCCCAAGGGGGCAGCGGCGAGUUUGACGGGAUUAUCUCGAGGGUCAAGGAUGCCUAGACGUGGUGCUGCGCAGGGAUUAUUUGCGCAGCCGGGUGAGAAGGAGCAGAUUGAGUUUGGGUAUUGUUUUGAUGUCUCGAAUAGAGCUUUCUUCCCUCUCUACCUGCACCUUUACGUCCUCCAAUUCCUCCUUUUACCAAUCCUCACCCGCAACCCACCAAAUUUCCUUACCACGUUUCUAGGGAACACACUCUACCUCUCCGCACUACUCUACUAUACAUAUAUCACCUUUCUCGGAUACAAUGCUUUACCGUUUUUACACAACACGGAAUUGUUGUUACUUCCCAUCUUGGUGUUGUCGAUACUAUGGUUGGUGAGUCUGAUUGCGGGUUGGAAUGUUGUUACUCAGGGUCGUGGUGUUGAGGGUUUGUUUUGGGGGGUGUGAGACCUGCUAUAUAUAAUAUCAUACGAUACGUCUAUGCCGAGGUAAAAAGGCCCUGAAAGAAUUGAUGGCUUCUUCGUUUUGUGUCAUAUUCUUCUUUGUUUUGCUGAUGUUUACAUUACUCAUGCAAGUGCCAUAUCAGCAUUUGUUUCGCAUCGAAUAGGCGUUUGGCGUACUUUUCUGUUCAUCUACUUAUCUUCCAGCCUGCACCGUCAGUUACCUUCGUGUCUACAAAUUCAUGAGACUUGUCAUUAACCAGUGCGUGUGCUUGAAAAUAAUAUAUUGUAUUCUCAAUAUAGACCAAGGAGGCAGAUUCUGACCAACGCCUUGUUCGAUCGGUAAUGAUUUUAACGAAUACCGAUAUUGAUGUAGCCCGCUCCACAGAUGUAACCCAUCACUUCUUGGAAACUUUCUUACCACCUCGUGGUUUCCCCAUCGCUGCUUCACGAAGCUUCAUUUCGCGCUCAGUAAUCUCCUCCUGGCGAGCCUUUUGCUGUGCUUCCUUCUCCUCCUUCUCAGCUUCUCUGCGCGCUUUCUCGGCCUCUCGACGCUCUCGCACAAGUCUCAACCGCUCCAUAUCGGCGCGUGCUUCGUCCGUCUUACCUUCCAUGUGUAACUUCAUGUAUCGCUCGCGAGCCUGCUGGGCCUCUAAAGCCUCUCGCUCACGUCGAGAUAAUUGUUCCGUGGUCUUCGGUUUUCGCUCAGGUGCAGCAGCAGUAUCAGCAGGAAGGGCUGCUCGUGCUUGGGAGCGGGAUUUGGCUGAAUGGUUUGGGUUGGCGGGUAAAUCCUCAUUGUCAUCGUCAUCUUCGUCCUCGGAGUCUGUCGGCGGCAAAUCACCGGGUUGAGCGACUUGUUGGUUUUUCUUUCUAAUGGCCGCUUCUUUCUUUGCUUUUGCAGCUGCCUUUCGUUGUUCACGGGUCAUUUCUUCGGGUGCCACUCUCGAUGGGCCGGGGGCAUCGUCGUCGUCUUCGGAAAACUCUUCCUCUGAAGAAUCUUCUUCCUCUUCUGAUGAUGGUUCAUCUGCGGGA